AUGGUGGCGAGUGUAGGGGCCGUCAACCCAACUAAUGUGGAGGCGACGGCGUACAUCAGCGCAGUAGCGGCGUUCGCAGUUGUUGUUCUAGUCGUGCUGCUGUUCUUGGGGCGCAGAUGGUGCUAUUCGGCCGUCUUCAGCCGCAAGUGCUGCGAUGAUAUACUCGCGGUCAGCGCUCACGUUGCCGACCCAGCGCUGUCCCUCGACAAUGCCCAAUUCGAUGCUUUGUCGAAACCGAAACAUUACCCCGAACGAAUUUUCACGUUCGAGACGUCGGACUCAGACGAAGAGCUGCGCUUACGCAUUCAACAGGACAAAGAAGAAGUAGAGUGCCAUUAUGAGGAGAAGAAUGAGAACGUUUCGAAGGUAGAUGUGCAACUAGUGGAGACGGCGCUACGAAAGACCAGCUUGAGGGAGACGAAGAUUGAUGAAGUGGUUCCCAAGAGGGCAGAUUACAUUCAUACGCUAGAAGCGCAAAGCAGCGUCGACAGCGAUGUCAUUGCGCAUAAUGACACCUCGCUCCUCUGUGGCGAGAACAGUAGUUCUACAGAACGCGGAUCGGUCGAGUUGACGCUACUAUACGACGCGCCGGUGCGCAGUAUGACUGUGCAUGUGCUGCAGGCACGCGGACUACCGCAGAAGGCACAGGGACAAAUACUGCAGAGUCAGGCAAGAAUUGUACUUUUACCAUUGAAAAAACAAAAGUACAAAACUAAGAUCCGGAACGGCGAGAACCCUCAGUACAUGGAGAGUUUUGUUCUGCACAAAAUUAAUCCAGAAGAUGUGCACGGUCUCGGCCUGCGCAUCCGUAUUUACGGUUGCGAGAGAAUGCGCCGUCAUAGGCUCCUGGGAGAAGCUGCAGUUAGCUUUGCGGCGCUCAACCUAGAGCUCGAGAACAGUCUGUGGCUUCAUCUGGCACCGCGUCAACAUCAUCAACCAACCUUACAGAUACCGAAGUUGGAGCUUGACGGGUCUGUGACUGGCGUGCUGGCCAGUCCGUCUUCCGCCGUGGUGGCGGCGUCUCCUGGCGGUGGCGAGGCCUGCAGCUUGGCGCGUUCAGACUCCGCUUCUUCGUGCUGCAGUGUGCGUUCCGCCCCGGAACUGCUUCUCGGGUUGCAGUACAACCCCACCACCGGCCAUCUAUCCGUCGAGAUCAUCAAAGGCACUCACUUCCGCAAGUUGUCUCCGAACAAGGCGCCGGAUACCUACGUGAAGCUUUGUCUGAUAAGUCCUCUGGGCAUGGAAAUGGGCCGCUGCAAAUCCACCACGCGGCGGGCACAAUCCAACCCACUUUACAAAGAGCUGUUUAUAUUCCAGGUUGCGCUGUUCCAACUGACCGAAGUAACGCUGAUGGUGUCGGUGUGGUGGCGGCGGAGCGUGAAGCGCAACGAGAUGGUGGGCUGGUUCUCUUUGGGGCACAGCUGCUCGGGGCGCGAGGAGGAGAGGCACUGGCAGGAGUUGUGCAGCCAUCAAGGAGAACAGAUACAACGAUGGCACGUGCUCCUGGACUCC